ACCAAUAAAGGUCAACCUUUGAACACCUUCGUUUCCAAAUCGGAGCAUGAAACUACAAACUUAAAAGAUCAACCAUAUCCUAUUUCCCCCAAUAAUAACAUAAUAACAAACAUGUCAUCUCUCACCUGGUCUUCCUUUCCGGUACCGAUUUCCCGACGAACCUCGUCACUAACAAACCCUAACUACCCAGUCACAACUAUUCACAAACGCAACCGCUGGAGAUUCCGCUGCUCAAUAGCCAACGAUUCUCCAAUUUCACCUCCGAUUUCCGGCGAGUUUAACUCCCCGCCGUUGCUGGACUGUGUGAUUGUCGGUGCCGGAAUCAGCGGCCUCUGCAUUGCGCAAGCCCUAGCGACUAAACACGCUAGUGUGUCUCCUGAUGUGGUGGUUACAGAAGCACGAGAUAGAGUUGGGGGAAAUAUAUCUACGGUUGAACGAGAUGGUUAUUUGUGGGAAGAAGGUCCUAAUAGCUUUCAACCGUCGGAUCCUAUGCUCACUAUGGUGGUGGAUAGUGGGUUGAAGGAUGAUUUGGUUUUAGGGGACCCCACUGCACCACGGUUUGUGUUGUGGGGUGGUGGUUUGAAGCCAGUGCCUUCCAGUCCAGGCGAUUUGCCUUUCUUUGAUUUAAUGAGCUUUCCCGGAAAACUCAGAGCCGGUUUUGGCGCUCUCGGGAUCCGCCCUCCACCGCCAGAUCGUGAGGAAUCUGUUGAAGAAUUUGUCCGGCGUAAUCUUGGUGAUGAAGUUUUUGAACGCUUGAUAGAACCAUUUUGUUCAGGUGUUUAUGCUGGUGAUCCAUCAAAGCUUAGUAUGAAAGCAGCAUUUGGUAAAGUUUGGAAGCUGGAGAAGAAUGGUGGUAGCAUUAUUGGUGGGGCAAUCAAAGCAAUCCAAGCGAGAAAAAAUAGCACCAAGCCUCCUCGGGACCCGAGAUUACCAAAACCACAGGGCCAAACCGUUGGAUCUUUUAGGAAGGGACAAGUCAUGUUGCCAAAUGCCAUCUCAAAAAGUUUGGGUAGCAAAGUGAAAUUGUCAUGGAAGCUAAUAAGUAUCUCAAAGUUGGAGAAUAGAGGGUAUAAUUUGACUUACGAAACACCAAAUGGAUUUGCUAGUCUGCAAACUAAAACUGUUGUCAUGACUGUUCCCUCCUACGUGGCGAGUGACUUGUUGCGUCCUCUUUCGUCGGAAGCAGCAGAGGCUUUGUCCAAAUUUUAUUACCCUCCAGUUGCAGCUGUGUCUGUUUCCUAUCCAAAAGAGGCGAUUCGUGAUGACCGUUUGAUCGAUGGUCAACUCAAGGGUUUUGGUCAAUUACAUCCAAGAAGUCAAGGCGUUGAGACUUUAGGUACCAUAUAUAGUUCAUCCCUUUUCCCUAAUCGGGCUCCACCUGGAAGGGUUCUCCUCCUUAACUACAUUGGAGGGGCUACGAAUCCUGGUAUUUUAUCAAAGACGGAGAGUCAACUUGUGGAAGCAGUUGACCGUGACCUAAGGACAAUGCUUAUAAACCCUAAAGCAGGUGAACCGUUGACUUUGGGGGUCAAAGUGUGGCCUCGAGCAAUCCCACAGUUUCUAAUCGGUCAUUUUGACAUUUUGGACGCUGCAAAAUUUGCUCUUAGUGAAGGUGGAUAUAGAGGUAUGUUUCUUGGAGGCAACUAUGUAUCCGGUGUGGCUUUAGGUCGUUGUGUGGAGAGUGCUUAUGAUGUUGCAGCCAAUGUAAGUACAUUUUUGUCACGAGGCGUGUAUAAGUAAAUACUAUUAUGUUGCACUUUGGGUACUUUCUUGUGAGGUUGGUAGUUUCCUUUUUGUCACAAGGCAGGUAAAAGAUAACAUGCCAAUCAUUGGGGUUCAAUAAUAUUAUUUUUGUGUAGGUUACAUUAUUUCGAGUAGAUACAUUUGUGGGUUUGAUAACAAUAUUAGGAAUGGAAGUCAUUCCUUCUUUCCCAA